AUGUCCUUCACGAGUUACUUCCUCGGCAAAGAGCCCGACGCAGGCCCAAAGAAAGUCCUCGAGGCCGCGCUGGCCUACCAUGACCUGGGCCUUUGGAGCGACUUGAAGGCUAGCUAUUUAGGCCCCAGCGCUGAGAGGGCGCGGAAAGACUUAAGCGGAACCUUCUCAGAGCCUGAGUUGAAGCAGAUCGAGGACAUCAUCAUGAACCACCACAAGUAUACAGAGGCUUCAGAUCCUUUGGUGGAUGCAAUGCGCAAGGCAGACUGGCUUGACUUCACCAACAACCUUCGCUUCCCCAUGCGCUCGGGAAUGCCUUCGGGAAAUCUUGCGAAAGCCAAUACAGAAGUGCCCCGGGAAGGCUUCUUCACCGCUUUGGCCAAGCGGCCCUUCGCAAUUCGACCUGACAAUCCUUUCAAAGCAGGCCAGGCCCUGAAGGCUUCGUUUCUUUCCCAUGUUUGA